AUGUCGUCUGCACCCACCCUCCGUAAGAGAGGGGGUGCGAAAAAAGACGAUGCCGAACCAGCACCAUCUGAAACCUCCUCCCGUCAGGCCCAGCCUGUAUCCGCCAAAGCAGCGACAAAAGCACCCUCAGAAUGGGAUUACUGGGUUGCUAUGUUUGUAAUGACUGCCUUGGCCUUUGUGACUCGUUUUUGGAUGAUCAAUUACCCCGAUGAGGUUGUUUUUGAUGAGGUGCAUUUCGGAAAGUUCGCUUCUUACUAUCUGCAACGAACCUACUUCUUCGACGUUCACCCUCCCUUCGCCAAAUUGUUGUUUGCCUUCGUCGGCUGGCUGGUCGGCUACGAUGGCAGCUUCACCUUUGAAAACAUUGGCGAUUCCUACAUUACGAACAAAGUCCCUUACCUCGCCUACCGCGCUUUGCCCGCAACUCUUGGAUCCUUGACUAUCCCAGUCGUCUUUGAUAUUAUGUGGGAGUCUGGAUAUUCCUUGCCAGCCUGUGUUUUGGCUUCUGGAUUGAUGGUUUUUGACAAUGCUCACAUCGGCGAAGACCGAUUGAUCUUGUUGGAUGCCUGCUUGGUCUUGAGCGUCGCGUUGAGCAUUCUUUGCUACGUCAAGUUCUACAAGCAGCGCUAUAAUGAGUUUGGUCGCAAAUGGUGGAAAUGGCUCCUUCUGACAGGCAUCAGUUUGAGCUGUGUUAUCUCCACUAAGUAUGUCGGCAUGUUCACCUUUGUUACUAUCGGUUCUGCUGUGCUUGUUGAUCUCUGGAACCUGCUUGAUAUCAAGCGUCCACGAGGAGUUAUGUCUCUCUUCCGGUUCAGUCAGCACUUUGCAGCCCGUGCGUUCGGGUUGCUUAUUGUUCCGUUCUUCUUGUACCUCUUCUGGUUCCAGGUGCAUUUUGCUAUCUUGAAUCGAUCUGGACCUGGCGAUGACUUCAUGACUCCUGAGUUCCAAGCAACGUUGUCCGACAACCCCUUGACCGCCAAUGCUGUUGAUCUCGAAUAUUAUGACAGCAUUGUCAUCCGCCACAAGGACACCAAGGUCUAUCUUCAUAGUCACGAUGACCAAUAUCCUCUUCGUUACGAUGAUGGACGUAUCUCUAGUCAGGGACAACAGGUUACCGGUUACCCUCACAACGAUACCAACAACCAAUGGCAGAUUCUGCCCAGCGUUCCAUUCCCCGAGAAUGACCGUACUGGCCACAAGAUCAAGAAUGGGGAUACUGUUCAGCUACGCCAUGUUUCAACAAACACAAUUCUUUUGACACACGAUGUGGCCUCGCCACUUAUGCCGACAAACCAGGAAUUCACCACAGUGUCCCAGGAGUUAGCUGAUGGAGAGCGCCACAGUGAUACCCUGUUUGAAAUCAAGAUCGAGAACGGCAAGCCGGGACAAAAUUUCCGUUCGUUGUCCGGUCUUUUCAAGUUGAUCCAUGUUCCUACCCGUGUAGCAAUGUGGACACAUACUACUCCUCUCCCUGAAUGGGGACAUAAACAAGCGGAAAUCAACGGCAACAAGAAUACCUUGCAAUCCAGCAAUAUAUGGUACGUUGAGGAAGUGCCAUCGAUCCCCGCGGGAUCCCCUCGUUUAGAAAAGCAAGAACGUAAGGUUGCUCAGUUAGGAUUUAUCCGCAAAUGGGCAGAAUUGCAACGCGCCAUGUUCUUCCACAACAAUGCUCUUACUAGCGAGCAUCCGUACGCAAGUGAACCAUUCCAGUGGCCAUUCCUUUUGCGUGGUGUCAGUUUCUGGACCAACGCCGAGACAAAGGGACAGAUUUACUUUUUGGGUAACCCUAUUGGAUGGUGGUUUGCUAGCAGUUUGUUGGCUGUGUUUGUUGGUGUUAUUGGAGCCGAUCAACUAUCUUUGCGACGAGGCAUUGACGCCAUUGAAGAGAUCUGGGGACCCGGAGCUCGCAGCCGCCUUUACAACAGCACUGGAUUCUUGUUCCUCUGCUGGGCAGCUCACUACUUUCCAUUCUGGCUGAUGGGUCGUCAACGUUUCCUGCACCACUACCUACCCGCCCAUCUAGCAUCAUGCCUUGUCGCGGCAGCUCUGGUCGAAUUCAUCUUCACCCUUGACCCUAUCGCUCCCGCCAAAACCGACUACAAAGCCGACCCCACUGGCCGAGGUCGAUUGAUUCUUGGACGCUUCCGUACUUCCAAAGAGCGCUUGGGUAGACAGUCGUUGUAUGCCGGUUGGGCCGCUACUGUUGUCAUCUUGUCCGCUGUUAUCUACUCGUUUGCUUACUUUGCGCCAUUGACGUAUGGUACUGCGUUGGAUGUGGAUGGGGUUAAUGCAAGGAAGUGGCUGUCAUAUGACUUGCAUUUUGCCAAGUAG